CAAAGCAUCAAUCUCUGAGAAAAUAUCUGGGAGCAGUGGCACAGUGGCACUGGCUACUCUUGAUCACUCAAAAAAAAUUCGUUGUACGGGGAGGUUGUGCUCGCGCGUUGUUCUGCGUUUCCGUUCUGCGAUUAGCGGCCUUUUAGUUGCUAACUAGUGGUCGAAAUCCAAAGGGAUUGAACAGUGGAUCGCCGAUAAAUAUCCUCCACUUGAAUUUGUUAAAAUAUCAAUGUUUCGAUCGCCGCACCCGUUCAGGUGUAUCUAGGUUAAAUUCGCGUUGUGUGUUACAAAAUGAUGGAAAGUGUGCAAAAAAAGCAUCAGAAAGAGAUACAAAAAUUGACUAAGUAGAUUGUUGGCCAACUUUUGUGGAUCGUGUCGGGUCAUUCGGUGGGUUGUUCGUUAUUCGAUGAAAGGCGAAACCUAACUAACUGUGCGAAAAAAGAAAGCGAAUUUUCACUUUUUAUUUAGUCAACCGCCACCACCAGGUCUUCGGGAUCCAACUCUCCGUCCUGACGUCUCCGUUUUGUGAUAAAGCGUGCACAAGUGCGGCGAGUGUUCGUCCCCUCGAACUCAAACCAAAGAACUCUAGACUCUAGACAUAUUCACACACAUUCAGCUACAUAUCUAUAGCUACUCCGGCAAAAUGAUAAAAACGAAAACCAGCGACGACAAACUCGACACGCUCCUCUCUCGCAGCGUGGUGCCGAUCAUCGAUCUCGCCCACUGUGGUAUCGAGGAGGUGCCCGUCAAGUCGGUGGUCAACCGCGUGGGUCACCAGCUGAAGAAGGCCCUUUCCGAGAAGGGCAUGGCUCUGCUGGUCAAUCACGGCAUAUCCGAUGAGAAGCUCAAGACUGCCUGGGAUCACCUGGAUGACUUUGUGGACCUGCCGCCGGAUGUUAAACAGCAUUAUAUCCGUACAGACGGCGACAAACACGGGUACGUGAGUCGCGGACAACAACAUCGUUUCGAUGGAAAGGCUCCGGAUCUGCGACAUGCCUUCAAUAUCAGCACACUGAAUGCCCAGAACCUGCCCGAGGAACCGCUGCCCGGAUUCGCGGACCACAUCAGCACCUUGGCCACAGACUUCAAGGCCCUGGCCAGUUUCAUCCUCCAGUCGCUGGCCGUCUCGCUGGACAUUCCGACCACCUUCUUCCUCGAAAAGCACUCACACAUGCUGUCGGGCGACCACGACAACAUGAGCUCCCUGCGCAUGCUCUACUACCCCCCGGUGGUGGACGACGAGCCCGGCCAGAACGACGUGAUCAAGGGCCGUUGCCAGUACAGCUACCAGCGCUGUCUCUCCAACCAGCCGGACUUCCGCCCGGAGCACAAUCCCCGCGACGAAGACGACCUCACCGACGGCGUGGCCAGCGUGAAUGGCCAGCUCUUUGAGCACAAACUGGGCAACGGAGCAGUCAUCCGUUGUCCCGCCCAUGUCGACUAUGGCACCUUCACCCUUUUGGCCCAGGACUCAGAGGGCGGACUGGAGAUCAAGUUGCCAGGAAGCGAAAAGUGGAACCGUGUGGGCCACUUGCCGGGCUCUAUUCUUGUCAACUGUGGUCAGAUUUUGAAUAUCUGGACCCAGGAACGUUAUCCCGCACUGCAACAUCGCGUCGUUAUUCCCGAACAGGAGAGCAUUCGAGCUCGUGGUCGGCAUUCGAUCGCCUUCUUCUGCCAUCCGGAUAACAUGACAUCCAUAUCGCCCAACGAUCUGCCCAAUCCAGACGCCGCCCAGGAUAAGGCGUUACUCAAGCAGCGAAAGAAGUCCUUCAAGGCGGCAAAAGAAAGAGUCUACAAUGCAUAUCAGUUAAUUCAGAAAAAGUUUAGAGAUACGUAUAGCAGUAACAACCACUCAUAACGUCGGGUUAGACCGUCGAGCCAUCCAUUGCAUCUCUACCUGAAACGGGAAUGAAGUUCACAUCGGGGAAUCGUGGAAAUUGUGGCAAGGGAAAGCGAAAAAUGAAAAGCCAACAAUGCAUAUGAUGUUUUGAACCUUUUUAUUAUUACCUUUACGUUUAUUCCAUACGAUUGUAAUUGCUUCAUUUCAUUAAUUUAUAUGUAUCGAGAUACUAUAUACAAUACAUGCAUACACCAUAAACAUAUACCUUUUGUAUAAUAAAUAUAUAUGUAUAAUUUAAUGUAUAGUUUCCACUGAAAAACGCACAUGUUAACAUUUACUUAAGUCGAGGGCUUUCAAUUCAAUUCUUUCCCGCGAAACUUGGAAGGUAACUGAGUACAUUUCCGAAAUUGACCGACAAUCGACCAUCAGAUCCGUGCUAACUGCUCGUUAUUUUGUAAAUAUUUUCCACAAGUUAAUUAACAAUUUCCUUUUACAUUUUCUGUUGCUGUCACUUUUUUUGUUGGUGUGAUUUUUUCACUUAAUGUUUGCGUUUAAUAUUUAAUAUUUAAUGCCACCUGGCCGCAUUACGUAUGAGUGUAUGAGUUAUUCCAUUAAUUUGUAAUUACUUAAAUGUGUUCUUUAAAAUUCUCUUUCUGUGUUUCAACCUGAUUUUUUUUUGUUGCGAUUCAAUGCAAUAGGUUCAACUAUAAAUAUUCAUAAUACAUACAUUCAAUAUUUAACAAUUAUUUGACUACCUUUAUUAUUAGACACACAUUUUUUGUUUCUUUUAAAUUUUUGUUGCAAAAUAAGCUUCAGCUCAGCAUUUUAUUUGGACAUUAAAUUGCAAACCGUUUUGUUCCGACUUCCAUAAUGGUUAAUAUUCUGAGCGACUUACUACUUUUACACUUAACAUUGAGCCAACUAUGAUUUUCACAUCUACAUAUGUCUGCGACCACAUGACUACGAUUACGGCAUAGGUACAUUGUACUCCAAGUAGCUUUCAUUACUGACUUUAUGAGAAUGAAACGAGAGAUCCAAUCUAAAAUCUACUACAGCCUCUAGGAGCACGAGUUGUACAAGUCAUUGUCAUCCAAGAAUCGAAAGACUUAUCUGAGAUUGCAUCGUGGAAUGACUUGUCACCGUACAUUUCCGAGCGGCUGUAAUCAGCGUUAGCUCUGCCAAAUUGCCAUAAUUUAAUUAAUUUCCUUUCAACGCUUUUUCGCUAAAUUUCGAGUAGUUAUUUUUAUUCAGGAGUCACAUGCCUCCCGUCAGUUGACUUGCCAAUAUAUUUAUGAAUGUGGCAGCAGCUCUUGCCAAAUUAUUGACAAGCAGGCAUACGGACACGUGCCACACUUCUCGAGCUUAAAUAGCAGUUUAAAUAGCUUAAACAUACCCUAAAACCGAGAGGUACAUAUAACUGGGAAGCAAAUAAGAAGUAUAUUUCCAAAUUUAGUGACGAUAAUAAGAUAUAUGGUAUCUUAUUUCCUCGUUAAUUGAUGCAAUGUACAGGGUACAGCUCCUACUUGAGUACAUUGCUCCUGGAAACACUUGGAUCAACAAAGGAACACAUUUAGAUACUUAUAUAACUGAAAAUACAUUUUUUAAAAUUCGUUUGUUUGCUGAUUCAUUUAAGCAGGAGGGGAACAGCUGGGAAAGAGCAUUCGCUGUUUGAAAUUCCAUGGAAAGCUACGAUAAUUUAGUUAACAAUAUUUGGCUACAUUCUAAGUUUUAUCAAACGGUGCUGCUGCUCGGGCCGUAAACUUUUUCGUGGGUGUUCCGCAGUUUAAACAAAGCGCCGAGAGUUAAAUAAAACAAAUAUUGACAUGCCCACCGGCGGACGGACACGGAGGGAUGUAUUCCGGCCUGCAAGGGGGGCGUGCGAUGCUCAUUUGUCGGCGACGGUGAGCUCUUAAGCCGGCGCUUUAAAUAAUGACUAUGAAUCCUAAGAAAAAGUCAGCUACGUACAUACACCAUUACACAUAUAUAUAUUUGCAACGAUUUGAUAUAUUUUUGGGCAAACAAUGUCAGCCAGCAUGGGCUUUCGCUGAACACACACACUGAACUCCCUUUGAUUUAUGGUGGGCGAGGGCGGUGACAAAUUCGGCGCAGGGCGUGGCAGUUACUGAUAAUUUCUCCAUUAAAUAUAUAUAUCUUAUUCAACAAAUUCGCAA